AUGGACAUGGAGCUCUCACCCACAGAUGUACCCUCAACGACAGAAUCUGUGGUGCCGCACUCCAGCCGUGCCCCUGCAGUUCAGAAUGGCUGCAGCCGCUUCCUGAUCGCCCAGGCCAGGACCACAGAUCUAUCUAAGACUAUCAGGGUCCACGAACGCACGGCGACUCCAUCCCCCACCGACGGCGGUGUCCUGCCACCAGCCCCUGCCCAUUCCCACGUCCCCUCCACGCCCCGUCCAGGCCCAGACAAAACUUUUGGUCUAAAGAAUAAGAAAGGAGCAAAGCAACAGAAGUUUAUUAAGGCUGUCACUCAUCAAGUGAAAUUCGGUCAACAGAAUCCACGUCAGGUGGCACAAAGUGAAGCUGAGAAGAAGCUGAAGAAAGAUGACAAGAAGAAGGAGCUGCAGGAACUGAACGAGCUGUUCAAGCCUGUAGUCGCCGCGCAGAAGAUAAGUAAAGGUGCAGAUCCCAAGUCUGUGGUGUGUGCAUUCUUCAAACAAGGGCAGUGUACUAAAGGAGAUAAGUGUAAGUUCUCUCAUGACCUCACUUUGGAGAGAAAGUGUGAAAAGCGAAGUGUUUACAUUGAUGCCAGAGAUGAAGAACUUGAAAAAGAUACUAUGGAUAAUUGGGAUGAGAAAAAGCUGGAAGAAGUAGUAAACAAGAAGCAUGGUGAGGCGGAAAAGAAAAAACCAAAAACUCAAAUAGUGUGCAGACAUUUCCUUGAAGCUAUUGAAAAUAACAAGUAUGGCUGGUUCUGGGUGUGUCCUGGAGGUGGCGACAAUUGCAUGUAUCGUCAUGCACUUCCUCCUGGAUUUGUGCUGAAGAAAGACAAAAAGAAAGAAGAGAAAGAAGAUGAGAUUUCGUUAGAAGAUCUAAUUGAAAGAGAGCGUUCUGCCUUAGGUCCAAAUGUUACCAAAAUCACUCUAGAAUCAUUCCUUGCGUGGAAGAAAAGGAAAAGACAAGAAAAGAUUGAUAAACUUGAACAAGAUAUGGAGAGACGGAAAGCUGACUUCAAAGCAGGGAAAGCACUCGUGAUCAGUGGUCGUGAGGUGUUUGAAUUUCGUCCUGAGCUGGUUAAUGAUGAUGACGAGGAAGCAGAUGAUACCCGUUACAUUCAGGGAGCAGGUGGUGAUGAGGUUGAUGAUUCUGUGGGUGUGAAUGACAUAGACGUAAGCCUGUACAUCCCGAGGGAUGUGGAAGAGACAGGCAUCACUGUAGCCAGUCUCGAAAGAUUCAGCACGUACACCUCAGACAGAGAUGAGAACAAAUUAAGUGAAGCUUCUGGAGGCCAGGCUGAAAAUGGCGAAAGAAGUGACUUGGACGAGGACAGCGGAGUGGGGGGACAAGAGAAUGGAACCAUCGGUGCUGUUCCCGUUGAUGAGAAUCUGUUCACUGGGGAAGAUCUGGACGAACUAGAAGAAGAAUUAAACACACUUGAUCUAGAAGAAUGACACCAGACAAGGCAAGAAGAAAAUUAGGUCAGCUCAACAUGAUCAGCCGUAAUCAAAACUGACUACGUUAAUUGUUUUGCCACCUAGAAUCAGCAGGAUGUUUAUUUCCCGUGAUGAUUCUGGAGGAAUACUGUCCUCCACAAAGGAAUACUCUCCCUGCGUCUUCUCUUGUGACUUUGACUACAUCUCCUAGUAAGUUCAGAGUAGUUGAUGGUAAUUGAAGAUGGUCGUUACAGAAGAUGGUUGUCACCGUCCACCCCGUAGGAAGUGUAAGUCUUCUCCAGCUUUUGGUUUCACUGGGCAUGUGUUAUUUCCAGGAACAACAAAGUCAUACUUAAAAUACUUUCCGUUUGAUGCAGUUUUUAAUGAGUGGUUUCCUUUCCUCUGUAUUUAUAUGUUUUAAAGACUGCCUGGAAGGUGAGUGCUGUAUAAAGGAAACUGCAUGUGCAGGUCAGUGUCGCACAUCUGGACAGGUAGAUGGACAGAGACGGGACUUGUCCAGCCUGACAGGGUCAGCCACAGUCCCUGCACUAAAGCUGUUUAAAGUUCUCCCCUUUUUGCCAAUAAAGUUGUAAAUAAAAACCAUCAUACAUCCAAACCCAA